AUGACAUCACUUAACCUGAAAGUAGGUGACAUUCCCGACCUCUCAGGGAAACGAGUGAUUAUCACUGGUGCAUCUUCAGGAAUUGGCCUGGCAGCUGCCAACAUCUUUGCACAGAAAGGAGCCUGGGUCCUCAAUCUUGAUAUCAACCCACCGCCAGAUGCCACCCGUAGCAGCGUAGAAUACCGACACUGUGACAUUUCUAAUUGGAAAGGUCUCAAAGACGCAUUUAAAUACGCUGGAGGUAUUGAUAUUGCUGUUUCAAAUGCCGGAAUCUCAGAGGAGACGGAUUAUUUCGUGGACACGUUUGAUCCGUCUACCCAGGAGCUUCUGGAGCCUGAGUACCGCGUACUGGAUGUCAAUCUGAGGGCUGUGUUCAACUUCACCAAACUGGCUUUGAGCAACUUUCGCCAGAGGAAGCAUCCGGGCAGCAUCGUUAUUACAUCUAGUGCUACAGCAUAUGCUCCAGAGCAGUCCCUGCCAGUGUACAGCGCAUCCAAACUAGCGCUAAUCGGUCUUGUCCGUUCACUGAGGUCCUCCGUUCGCCAUGAGGGCAUAACAGUAAACGCAAUUGCCCCAGCUGCCACCAUCACCAACCUGCUUCCUGGUCAUUUAGCUGCCCCAAUUAUCGCAGCCGGACUUCCGGUGAGCACGUCGGAGUUUGUUGGCCUGGCCUUGGUAUACUCCGCGACGGCCACCCAAACUGGGCUGGUAGAGCUGUACGGCAAAGACGCGCCUGGGUUGAUGCAAUCCGAGUCCAGGUGGAAUGGACGGACGAUCCUUACCCUGGGAGACCAAUACACUGAGUUGGAGGGCACUAUUGCAGCGUUGAUAACGCAGUGGUUUGGGGAAAUAAAUACCAAGUUGACAGGCCUACAGCAGGCAGCCACUGAUUUUCGCACACAAUAG